UACACCUCGAACAUGCCCAUCAUGCUGCAAUCCGCUCUUUCCUCGAACAUGUUUAUGAUCUCCCAGCUGGUCUACAGCCGCUUCCCAGAGAACAUCCUUGUCCGCAUCUUUGGUACCUGGACUCCUUAUCAGGGUACUAGCCAGAUGAUUGCAUCCGGCGGUCUUGCCUAUUAUAUGUCGCCUCCUCACAGCAUCACCGAGGCCCUCCUGGAUCCCAUCCACACCGUCGUCUACAUCACUUUCAUGUUGACUGCCUGCGCCCUCUUGUCCAAGACCUGGAUCGAGGUGUCUGGCUCGUCUGCUCGUGAUGUUGCAAAGCAGCUUAAGGACCAGAACAUGGUCAUGGCCGGCCACCGUGAUGCCUCAAUGUACAAGGAGUUGAAACGCGUCAUUCCUACCGCUGCUGCUUUCGGAGGCGCUGUCUUAGGUGCGGUCUCUGUCUUUGCGGAUUUGAUUGGCGCCAUUGGAUCGGGUACCGGUAUCCUGUUGUGCACCACCAUCAUCUACCAGUAUUGGGAAAUGUUUGUCAAGGAGAACAUGGAGAAUUCUGGCGAAGCCCUCGCUUUUUAAGCUGUGUCAGAUGAGUUCCAGGACAAGGAGAGGCGAUUAGCAAGUCCAAGAACAUGGACGAAUUUUCGGUACAGCAGAGACAAAGAGACUCGGAUGCAGGGUGAAGACAGAUCGGAUUGAGGAUAGGAAAUGCCUCGUUCUUGUUGCCAUUGGCAAUGCUCCUUGCCGCAGAUGCUAUCAUAGCCGCGAUCAUAUCGUUUAUCUUGUAAAUAAAUUAUGG